AUGGAAAUAGGGACGAACGUCCAAAUCGACUCUUUUAAACAGUAUUUUACGUUUGAUCCGACGUAUAAGGACUUGAAGGAAAUUGGAAUGAACGUUGGGUUUGAUACGAUGUCGAUUAGGUCUAUUGCGUGGAGAGUCUUUUUGGGCUCGUUGAAGGGAGUGUGCGGUGACGAGUGGAUUGAGCAAGUCAAGGUGCAACGAGAGAAGUAUCAGGUUCUUGUUGACAAACUUGAGAAUGGCCCCAUUCGAGAAGCCAAUUUGAAAAAGUUGAAUAGCAACAUAGUCACCACGCCCGAUCCAUUGUCUAAUGAACACACUACGCCGUGGUGUAUGCACUUUGAUGAAAUGGAUGUUGAGAAACGUGUCAGUGUAGAUGUUCUCCGAUUGUUUAGUGAGUACUCUUUUUUCAAGAACGAAGACGUGAGAGAACACAUUAAAAGAGUCUGUGUCAUCUAUUCUUUAGAACACAUGGAUUUACAGUACAAUCAAGGCUUUCAUGAGUUGGUUGGUGUUAUGUUCUACGCCCUCUCACAAGAUUUGGAACAAUGGAAGUUGAAGAAGGCUGGAAUUGAACAGGCAGUCUUAAACUACCUCUUCGAUGAACAAUACUUGGAACAUGACGCUUAUACCCUUUUCUCAUUGUUAAUGAAUAAUGUGAGGGACUUCUAUGACCCUUCGGAAACGAGAAACUCUCUUAUUGAAUCACCUGAUGGGUCUUCGACGCACACAAAAUUGAUGUUAAAAUGUGAGAAAUUGUUCAAAGAGCUUGAGAAGCUUGACAAUCAAAUGUACUUACAUUUGAAAUAUGAUGGCAUUCAUUUGGUUCUUUUUGGGACUCGAUGGCUUAGACUUCUCUUCGAUCGAGAAUUUUUAGUGAAUGAUGUUCUUAAUAUUUGGGACGCCAUAUUUUCAUAUGGAAACGACUUAGAAUUUGUCGACUAUUUAUUCCUUGCGAUGGUCAUUUACAUUCGUGAACCAAUAUUAAAAUCAUUACAAUACUCCACUACGAUGAUGUUCUUUAUGAAGUAUCCAGACACUUCAGAUGUGAGAGAUAUUAUAGUCAUCGCAAAACAAUUGGCAGAGAAGAAAGGAGUGUAUGACCCCCUUCCUUAUAUCAAAAUAGAGAGUGCCGCGCCGCCCGUUGUGACAACGAAAACCAAAAGAAGGCAAGCGAGUGAAUCCAAAAAAGAACAAGAGAAGAAACAGUUAGAAGCCGUGAAACAAGAGUCUGAGAAACAAUAUGCGGAACAACAGUCGAAAAAGAAAGAGGAGUUAACGAAAGAGUUUGUGAAAGUGAAAGUCUCGCAGUCGAUUAAACUUCUUCAGUCGUCCAUCUCGAAUGAAGGGACUGUUUCCGACAUCUCCAAUAUCAUUGAAGCACUUUCCGAGCUCAAGUUGAUCAAAGCCUUAAUGAAUGACAUGAUUCCUCCUUCACAAGAGGAAGAACUUUUUAAAGAGCUCAAUUAA